AUGUCGGUGCUCUUCAAAAGCUUCUGGUGUGUCGUGUUCGCGUCAGCCAAGAUGAUGGAGCCUUUCUACCAGCUUGCCAAACAGAGCGCUAGAGCGACGGCUGAAGCGUCCGUUCUUCGCCCGUACCUCCAAGGUGGAAUCGACUGGGCCGACAUGAAUCCGGCCAACAAGCACUGGGUCAUGUUCGUGACCACGUUCAUCAGCAUUGUCUUGGGGUUACAGGCUUCUGUCGCAUCGGAGGCCAUGACCAUCCAAGCCGGUUCGACUUGCAACACGCAGAAUGGAACCCAGCUUUGCGAUCCAGUCUGGGUCAUCAACAGCGCAGUUGUCCGUGGCCUGCAAGCGUCACUAAUAAUUACCGCACUGGCAAUGGUCACUCUGGCCUAUUUGAAUUGGAACCGUCCAAGUGGCGUGACCUCAUAUCCUUGCAGUAUUGCCUGUAUGGCCUCCGUCUUGAGCAAUUCCAACGAUGAGAUGACGAGAACUCUGCGAGAAAUCGACCCGGACGCCAAAGAGGAGGCCGUGAAAGAGGCAUUCAAGGGGAAGCUGCUUACCUUUGAGCGUACCGAAACACUUUCAGGGGAGAACGUGGUUGGCAUCACCAUGGGAUCCGGAUCAAGUGAGGAGACGAACCAUGACAUGCCGGGUAGCGACAUUCAACCGACGACGAGCAGUGAUCGGGAUCUCACGGAUGUGGCCGAAAUUGCUGAGCCUCCUUCGCUGAUGUCCCGCGUGCCUUGGAAGCAGCUCCAAGUCGCGCUGAUCGUCUUCCUCCAUCUAGCCAUGUUUGGAGUCAUUCUAUCAUUCGUCCUUGCGGGCAACGAUGUGUACCAGGUCAAUCUUCUCGGUGCAGACGGUGAGAAGCACAAUACGGCUGUCAAAUGGAAGUUCCUGGACGGCACCAAGUUUGGUCCACGAUUUUUCAUGACCUCGAUCACAUCAUUCCUUCUCAUCCCUUUCUGGGAAAACGUCGAAUUGUCGGUACGGAUCAUGGCGCCCUACCGCCGACUGAAGAAGAGCACGUCCGAGAGCCGCCACUUGUUCACGAUGUACCUGCACGGAGUGCCGUUCACAGCGCUCUUCAAGGCUCUGUGGCAUGGAAACUGGUACCAUGCUUUCGUAACACUGAUCACAGUGCUUUCAUACUUCCUGCUCAUCUUCAUUGCUGGAGUGCCGUAUAACUACGGGCAAAUGGAGGACCUGUCGUUCAUCAGCUCUGCGGCCAGCUUGGUGAUCCUUUGCCUAAUGUUGGUCGGUCUGGUGACACUCGCUUUCUGGCAUCACAGCAAUCCCAAGAUGCCAAGGAGACCCGACACACUGGUCAACACAUGGCUGCUUAUGUGCUCGAGUCGGUUUAUCGAGGGGUUCAAGGGCCGCACCUUGACGGAGAUGCAGGAUGAGAUCGACCACGGGACAACCCGAUAUUGGUUUAAGAAGGCCGAAGGAGUGGAUGGUAUUGAGAGGUGGAUGGUUGAGGCUGAAGGCGACCAGGCGCAGAGACGUCUGCUGCUGGGCGAGAAGGCACAGCGAGACAACUAUUACUAG